AUGGCCUACCCAUCGUCGCUCAUUGCCUCCCUGCUGUGCGGCGCCAUGGCUUUCCGUGCUGUCGCCCUGGCCCUCCAGUUGGCGCUUCUUACUCUUUCAUUCGCUUCGCCGCUCGCGUCACCCGGGCCUAUGUCGAACGUCACUUUGGACGUCCGUGCCCCUUCGGGGUCCAAGACCGUCAUAAUUCAGAUGUUCGAAUGGUCUUGGAACAGCGUUGCCGCAGAAUGCACUAAUUUCAUCGGGCCAGCCGGAUAUGGCUUUGUCCAAGUCAGUCCGCCCCAAGAACAUAUCACUGGUUCCCAAUGGUGGACAGACUACCAGCCUGUAUCCUAUAUCCUCACAUCCAAACGAGGGAAUGAAGCCCAGUUCUCUGCGAUGGUUUCUACAUGCCAUGCUGCAGGUGUGAAAGUGAUUACUGACACACUCUUUAACCACAUGGCCGGUGUCGACUCGGGAACUGGAACCGCCGGCUCGUCAUUCACGCAUUAUAAUUAUCCCGGUAUAUAUACCAACUCGGACUUCCACCAUUGCGGCCUCGAAUCGGGAGACGACAUCGUCAACUACGGGAACCGCGUAGAGGUGCAGACCUGCGAGCUUGUGAAUUUGGCAGAUCUUGCAACGGAGACAGACCACGUCAGAAGCACGUUGGCUUCGUACGGCAACCACCUGCUGUCCCUUGGAGUCGAUGGGUUCCGACUGGAUGCAGCGAAACACAUCGCGUCAUCGGACAUCGCCAAUAUCUUAUCGCGCCUUUCAUCUAAGCCAUAUAUUACCCAGGAAGUCAUCUGGGGCUCUGGCGAACCAAUUCAGCCAUCGGAGUACGUUGGAAACGGAGACGUCCAAGAGUUCCGAUACACUACUGCCGUGAAGAAUGCGUUCUUGGGAGGAGGGAUCAGCGGUCUACAAAAUCUUGACAAUCAAGGGUGGGUCGCGGGCUCGCAGGCCAAUGUGUUUGUGGCCAACCAUGAUACUGAGCGUAAUGGUAACUCGCUCAACAUUAAUUCGCCUUCCAAUACCUAUAUCACCGCAACUAUCUUCUCUCUUGCGCAUCCAUAUGGAACCCCCACUGUGCUUUCUUCGUACAGCUUCUCAAACACUGACGCCGGGGCACCAAACAACAACGCUGGCACCUGCUCGGCGACAGGCGGUGCUAACGGAUGGCUCUGCCAGCACCGUUACGUCGCUAUCUCCGGCAUGGUUGGGUUCCGGAACAAUGUUGGCAGCGCCGCACUGAAUAACUGGGUCAGUCCGCAGUCCCAGCAAAUAGCUUUUGGUCGAGGCAACCUGGGCUUUGUCGCGAUUAACAAUGCCGACUCUGCCUGGACUGCGACCUUCACCACGUCAUUGCCAAAUGGCAACUACUGCGAUGUGAUCAGUGGGAAGAGUUCGAAUGGAGCAUGCACCGGCACGGGGUUUACCGUCUCUGGAGGUAAACUCACAGCGACAGUGCCGGCACGAAGCGCUGUCGCUAUUCACACGGGAGCCCAGGGCACUGGUUCAGGUGGUGGUGGUGGCGGCGGCGGAGGGAGUGGGACAGUGGCUGUCAGCUGGGCCGAAACGGCAACCACGACAUUUGGCGAGAAUAUUUUCCUUGUGGGUAGCAUUUCGCAGCUGGGCAACUGGGCGCCGGCGUCUGCUUUACCGCUCUCCUCUGCAUCGUAUCCAGUCUGGACAAUCACGGUCAACCUGCCCCCAAACACUAAUUUCCAGUACAAGUUCAUCAGGAAGGAGACAGAUGGCUCGGUAAGGGCCUUUUAUAUGCCGAGUCUCGAUGUUCACUUGUUUUCCUUGCUGUUUGUCCAGGUUGUGUGGGAGUCGGACCCGAAUCGAAGCGUCACAACGGUUGGCUCAGGAACGCAGACGAUCUCGACAUCUUGGCGGUGA